UUCCACGUAGCACUGACCUUUCCGACUGAGACAAUUCUACUGAUGCCUCUAUGUGAACUCUCCUUCAAUCCUCAAAAGCUCUCUUCUUUCAUUCGCUAUCUUUGUUUUCUUUAAAAUUUCGGAGCUUUUUCGAGCGGAGAUUCUAAAGAUCUCCAGAAAUCUCUGUUACGUCUGAAAACAGCUUAGCUCCAUCUUGAAACCCUAGAAAUCUCUUGCUUUUCUUCAACUCUCCGGUUCUAUUCUGCUUCUGUUUAGCGUCCUUAAUGGUGUUUUUUCUGUACUGAGAUUUUUCUUGAAUCCUGGUCUGCCCGUUCCAUUUUUUCCUUUGACAGAAACCCUAAAGGUAUUUCGGAUUUCUGUUUCUUGUUUCUCGGUUAAGCUUUGAAGACAGAUUGUCGUAUGAGGUCUUUAAUGAGCUUUUGUUGCUGCAGUGCUUCAGAUCUGACGGAGCUACUGCUGUCUCAACCAACUGAGCCAUCAAUGUGGCUUCCUCUAUUGGCCUUUUUGACUUGAAACUACUCCGCUUCUCCUCUUUCUGUCUCUCCAGCUUUACCGCUUCUCUUUGCUCCACUUUCGUCCUUUGAACGCCGUUUUUUCUCUUUCUUUCUUUUCUUCUCUUUUUUCUCUCUCUCGUUUUUUUUGCCAAGGUGGUAUCCUGGUAGUGGAGGUGGAGGAAGAACUAGAAUUUCGGCUUUUCUACUUUCCAUUCUGGAUUUCUGUCUUUGCUUGAGAAAAGUUGUUUGAAGUUUUAAAUAUCAAGAAAGAGGUAGGGGGGCUUGAAUUCGUACAAAUGCAGGCGCUUGGGAGCCCUACCAGUGCCUGUACGGACACUAGUUGUGGUGCUUUACUUAGAGAACUUCAGGGGGAAAAGUAAGGCUAGGCUACACUUCUCUAAUCUCCUCACGUGUGGGAUGAAAUUGGUGAGAGCGAAGCGGACAAGGACCGAAUGCUGUUGGAACUUGAGAAGGAAUGCUUACAGGUAUACCGGAGGAAGGUUCACGAGGCAAGUAAUAACAAGGCCCGCCUCCAUCAGUCUGUUGCGGCAAAGGAGGCUGAACUCGCUACGCUCAUGGCUGCUCUUGGGGAGCUUAAUCUUCGUUCUCAGGUACUGACUGACAAAAGGUCAGCAUCUUUGAAAGAGCAACUUGCAUCAGUCUUACCACUGGUAGAAGAUCUUAGAAUGAAGAAAGAAGAACGCAUAAAGCAAAUUGCAGAUGUAAAAGCACAAAUUGAGAAGAUUAGGGGCGAGGUUUCAGGAUACACUCACCUCAAUGGUGUUGUUACUGACUCCUUAAAUACUGAAGAACAAGACUUGUCACAAAGAAAGCUUACUGAAUAUCAAACACAUCUUCACAGCCUGCAAAAAGAAAAGUCUGACCGCCUUCAUAAAGUUCUGGAAUAUGUAAAUGAGGUGCAUUCUUUAUGUGGUGUCCUUGGAAUGGAUUUUGGGAGGACAGUGAGUGAAGUGCAUCCAAGCUUGCAUGAUACAGGUCAUGAGCAAUCCACAAACAUCAGCAACAGUACAUUGGAAGGUCUGGAGAAGGCCAUACUAAAGUUAAAGGCAGAAAGAAAAUCUCGUUUUCAAAAGUUGAAAGAUAUAGUGGCAUCACUGUUCGAGCUAUGGAAUUUGAUGGACUCACCUCAAGAAGAGAGGAAUCUGUUUAGAAGAGUUACUUCUGUCUUUCAAACACCAGAACUGGAAACUACCAAAUCGAGUGUACUCUCACUAGAGAUUAUUGAGCAGGCAGCAUCAGAGGUUGAGAGACUGACCAAGCUAAAAGCCAGCAGAAUGAAAGAACUAGUCAUGAAAAAGAGGUCAGAGUUGGAAGAAAUUUGUAGAAAAGCACAUAUUGAGCCUGACAUGAGCACUGCAGCAGAAAAGGCGAAUGCAUUGAUAGACUCUGGUUUGGUAGAUCCUUCUGAACUUCUGGCCAACAUUGAAGUUCAGAUAACUAAGAUGAAGGAUGAGGCUGUUAGCCGAAAAGAAAUUAUGGAUAGAAUAGACAGAUGGCUAGCUGCCUGUGAAGAGGAAAAUUGGCUUGAAGAUUACAACCAAGAUGAGAACCGUUAUAGUGCUGGAAGAGGAGUCCACUUCAACCUGAAACGUGCAGAGAAAGCUAGAGUGACUGUUACCAAGAUUCCAUCAAUGAUUGAAAAUUUGAUAAAUAAAAUACUGGCAUGGGAAGAUGAAAGAAAAAUGCUGUUUCUUUAUGAUGGGGUUCGGUUAAUCCAAAUAUUGGAGGACUACAAACUAACCAGGCAACAGAAAGAGGAAGAGAAGAGGAGAUACCGGGAUCAGAAGAAGUUUCAAGAUCUUCUUCUUACGGAGAAGGAAGCAAUGUAUGGCUCCAAACCAAGCCCGAAAAGAAGUAACAGCUUUAAGAAACCAAAUGGAUAUCGUGCAAAUGGAAAUGGAUCAAUGACUCCUACACCUCAGCGGCUUUCAGUUGGGAGUGCAACUCCUGAGUUACUCACACCCAGGUCCUACUCAGGGCGUCAAAAUGGAUAUUUCAAAGAAACGAGAAGACUGUCAACUGCACCACUAAACUUUGUUGCCAUAUCUAAAGAAGAUACAAUGUCGUAUGCAUCGGGUUAUGGUUCUGAAUUGGGAUCUCCUCGUUCUCAUUGUUAAAACCUUGAGCCUAGAUCGGCAAGGACACUGGAUUAAAGAAGUGGAUACCUUGUGGGUAAAAAGAAAUGUACAGUUGUCAGAUAUGCCACGCUGCCUAGUUGACAUCAAAGAACCCGCCUGGGCGUUGUCAACUGUGACGAAUAGCAGUUGUCAUAUGGCAUUAAACACAAUAGCUUGUAGUUAAGAAUUACUAGUCUUUACUCCGUUUAAAAUAGGCAUAGCACUGAUCUUGUAUCUUGUGGUUUUCAUUUGUGUUUUACCUUCGACAUGUGUAUGUAUUAGCCUAUUGAAGUAGACAUUUGUAAUACCACCUCCCACAGGACAUGUACUGAUUGGAAUUUUUUGUAUUAUAUGAACACUGUUUUUGGCUCUCAACUCAAUUAUUACGACCA